UUCAAGUUCAAAGUGCUAAAGUGCCAUUAAUAGGCUAUAAAAUGAUUUCUUUUCGCUAAUCCUUAAUAAUAAAUAAUUAUUAGAAGUUAUUAAUUGAUGAUUUUACAAUUGCUUAAACAUAUUUUUUCGCGAUUUUGGAUUGAAAUAUUGUUAAAUUAUACCACUUAACAAUUUUUUUAAAAUGUUUCAUUACCUAGUAUCAACAUAAUGUACUUAAUUUGUUUCAUAUGUUUGGCUAGUUACCUGAAAGGUAUUUUACCAAUAGUAUUAUCCAGUCAUGCAUUUACUCCUUAUAGUUUAAUUCGCCUUGCUCGCAGUACACAGAUACACAGUUUAAAAACUGUCCCUUCUAACUUUGGACUUGUUAACAAUGUACAAGUAAACAAUAAGUCACAGAUUGUUUUGUUAACAGAAAAUUCUACAGAACUCAAUGACAAUUUUGCUUUAAAAGAACAAUAUGAACUUCAGAAUGAAACUGAUAUAAUCGAUAGAUCAAAUGACACAUAUACAAAUAUCACAUCUUUACCUGAAAUUUCAAGUUAUAUGAAUUCUCAUUUUGUUUUGAUAUCGGGAGCUUCACUUGCUGGCUGUGUGAUUCUUCUAUCAUUUGUCAUUCUAGGAUAUAUAAUGUACAAAAAAAGCAGAUGGAAUACUCCUCAAGCACUUGAUCAUUGUAGCAACGCAGACUCUAUUGGUUAUUUAGAUGAUAUGUUCAAAGAAAAUUCAGAUGAAAUGUAUAGUUUGGAUAAUGAUUCAUUUCUAAAUAGCUUAGAAGCUAUGACAAUUCAAAACUACUGGACAGAAAAUGUCAAACAUACUAAAUUGUAAAUUUAGAAGAAAAUUAUCUUAUAAUGUAACGCAUUCGUCUAGUUAUUGGUUUGCCGCAUAUCACACUUCGUAUACAUACCAUAAAACAAUUAUAUUCAAUAUAUUCCAAACCAAUUUGAAUCAAGUUAACAUUGUUAUGCCUAUGGUCUAUUCUUAAAUGUACAGAUAAUAUUUUUUAUAUUUAGUCUUUUUCUUAUAUUAUAUUUUAAA